AUGCGCUCGAACGAAACGCUGCCGUUGAUGCUGCUGUCACUCCUGUUCAUGUCGCACGGAUGCGGUUUCGGCAAGCGUAGGAUGCACGCGCGUCGGAAAAGCGACAGCGAUAGUGACAGCAAGUGCACUUGCGCAACGCCAGUUCACUAUAAUUUUACGACGGCUUCUGACCGGAUCAUUGACCCUCAUUGUGAAUGCGGUCCGUCCAACUUUGGAGUGGUGCGAAUGAUACCAUACAGCAGCCUAGAGAGCGGUGUGCACGGGGCUAUUCACGUGGACUUGACUUCCGCUUGUGUCAAAUGUAGCGUGUGCGCAGCCAUCGCUGACGAGAUUAACGAAACUCUGUUCGAGAUUCACGACAUGAUGGCACCGGACGACUUGCUGACCGACACGCAGACCGUUCUCCUGCUGAGAAGCAUCUGCAAUCAAUCCUUUCAACACUACGGUCUGCGAGAGAUCGACGGCGAACUAUUUAUCUCCGACCCGUUGCCGGGCGACAGACUCGUCAUCUCGUCCGCUGACGGAUUGUGGGAGAAGAGCUUGAAAAGCACGUGCCACGAAUACCUCGACGAGAUACAGGAGUCGCGGUUGUACAAGAACUGGCUGGAGUGGUGCGAUGACGACGACCACCUGCCCGAUCUGGAGGGCGUACUUUGCAGGAACGAGAUCAGCAGCCUACGAGAUUGCAGAGGGAUGGAUUACGUGUACAAGCCGCACGUGCCUUCGAAGGAUUACAGCGCUUACGCGAAGAUCCUGGCGGAGUGUCACAAUUGCGGAUAACCGUGUUUGUCUCUCCGACCGCGUGAAAAAUAUCACGCAUCAUUUAUUAUCCUUUAUCGUCAUCAUCACCGAUCAUCGUCGA